AUGAGAUUUCUACGACCUACAGUAUUCUUAAUUCUAUUCACGGGUACAGUAUUCAUUUUGAAUGUUAGUGGUAUAAACUGGGACAGUGACAUUAUACCAACACAGCAAGAGUUGGAAAGUGCCAAAAAGGAUGCACUGUCAAUGUAUUUUGGACUUAAGGCUGAAGAGAAUCAAACCUUGUUCAGAGGAUGGCAGGACAUGAAGAAGGUUGUGGGCGAGUUCCAAGAUGUACCUAUUAAAGAGUGAGUUACCUUGUUUUGAGUUUUGAUGUUUUAGGCUUAUUAUUAACUCAAAAUUUAAAGCUGAGCCUAAGUUUAAGCCUAAGAUUAAGUCUAAGCUUAUUACAAAGCCUAAGUUUAAGCUUAAAGCAGCCUACAAUUAAGCUUGAGCGUACUAAGCCUGUUAUUAGGUUCCGACAUAAAGAACCCGCCAUUUUUACAGGAAAUUACAGGCAAAGUAUGGCGGGUUCUUUAUGUCGGCACCUAAUGUAUGUAUGAAUAGGGGUAGGUCUGGGGUGAGAAUAGAUCAAAAGUAAGGCAAGGUUAUAGUAGGCAGGGUAGGCUAGAGUGGUAACGUACAGUAAACAUUUGGUAUGAUAGAUGAAGGUAGAACUUUGGAAAACAAUAGAGUAGAUCUUACGGUAGGACAGGAUUAGGGUGGUACUACAAUAAAGCAUUGUUUACGGUAAGUUAAGGUAGAGUAGGGUAAAGUAGAGGAGGUUAGGACAAAGUAUAGCAGAGUAAGGCACAUAAGAGUAGGGUAGGGUAGAGUUGGCAACGAUAGGGUACGAUAGAGAGAGUAGGUCAAAGUAUGGCAGAGCAGUAGAAGGUACGGUAGAGCACACUGUACUACAACAGGGUAGGGUAGGGUAGGGUAGGGUAGGGUAGGGUAGGGUAGUAUAAUUUAAUGUAUAGUAGAGUAGAGUAUGGUAAAGAGUUUGAUUUUCAAAAUUUCAGUCAAAAGAACCACAACUACAAAGAAAUGACGUCAUGGCUAAACAAGUACGCCAACAAGUACCCGAUGAUAACAAAACUCCAUUCAAUUGGUCAAAGCGUUCAAGGUCGUGAGCUGUGGGUUAUGAUAAUUGGUACAAAUCCGCGCGAGCACGAACUUCUGAAGCCGGAGUUCAAGUACGUAGGUAACAUGCAUGGAAACGAGGUCGUGGGACGAGAAGCGCUGAUGUAUAUGAUACAUAUAUUGUGUGAAAACUACGGUAAAAACGACUACUUGACGAAAAUGGUGAAUCGGACGCGAAUUCACAUUAUGCCGAGCAUGAAUCCGGAUGGAUAUGAAAUGGACCGACCGGGCGAUCGGGUCGGGUAUAUGGUAAGUGAUAUUUAAGUUUAAUUUGGCUCAAGGGCUUAGGUUUAGGGUUAGGCUCAAUAUUAAGCUUCUAAGCUUAGGCUUCUAUUUUACGCUUCUAGGCUUAGACUUAGGCUUAGGUCUAGGUCUAGGUUUAGGCUUAGGUCUAGGUCUAGGUCUAGGUCUAGGUUUAGGCUUAGGCUUAGGCUUAGGUUUAGGCUUAGACUUAGUCUUAGGUUUAAGCUUAUGCUUAAACUUAAGGUUAGGCUUAGGCCUAAGUACCGAUCUAGAAUUAGACUGAGGCCUAGUCUGACCGUUAGGCUAAAAUUUAAGUUUAGACUUGCGCUUUAGUUAGGCUUAGGCUUCAUUUUUAUAAUACUAGCUAGCUUUAAGUUCUAUCCUAAGAUUAGAUUAAAGUUUUAGUUUAGGCUUGUAUUUAAUCAGAUUUAGGCUUAUUUUAAAAUAAGCGGCUCACUAGGCUGUAAAACAAAUUUCUUUUUAAUUUUGGUCACUUUACAUUAUUCUUUCAGGGCCGAGCCAACGCCAACGGCGUGGAUUUGAAUCGCAAUUUUCCCGCCAGACACCCCGAGCACGCCGAUGGUUCAGGUGGUACCGAACUACAACCAGAAACCGUCGCUGUAAUGGCGUGGUUAAAGUCGGAGCCAUUCAUCUUGUCAGCCAACCUUCACGGUGGUAGUCUCGUAGCCAACUACCCGUACGAUGACUCCGAAUCCGGCAAGGAUGGAAUCUACACACCGUCGAAGGAUGACAAACUGUUCGUGGAAAUGUCGUACAAUUAUGCACGUGCUCAUAGCAACAUGUACAAGACUGGGAGGAGGUGUGGAUUGAGUGAGUAUGGCGAUGCUUUCUACCAUGGUAUUACGAAUGGUGCUGGUUGGUAUGUUCUCUCUGGAGGCAUGCAGGUAGGCAAUUUGAAAGUAAUACUGUGAGGUUAGGCUUGAGUAUAGAUUCUAGGUAAGGUUCAUGCUGAAGAUGAGGCUUAGGUUUAGGUUUUUGGAUGUAAUUUAGGCGAAAAUUUAGGCUUAGGUUUAAGUUUAAGUUUAGAAUUAAGUUUAGGUUCAAGAUUGGACUAUUGAGGUUGAGGCCAUGUUAUGCUUUAGGCUUAGGUUUCGGCUUAGGCUUAGGCUUAAGCUUAGACUGAGAAUAAGACUUAGGCUUUGGUUUUGGCUUAUUCUUAGGCUUAGCCUUAAUUGGUUGGAUUUAAUUGUAUAGCGGAGGUUAAGGAUUCCACUUUGGAUUAGGUUUAGGCAUGGGCUUAGGCUCAGGCUCAGACUCAGACUCACGCUUAGGCUUAGGGUCACGCUCAGGCUUUCGGUUAGGCUUUGACUUAGUCCUUGGUUUGGACUUAGGUUUUGUUUUAGGCUUAAGCAAGGGUUGAGGGUUAGGAUUGGGAUUAUGAUUAGGCUUAGAUUUAGGCUUAAGCUCAUUUUUAAAAGUAGGUGGAGUUAUACGUUUAGUUUUAGAUUUAGUAAUAGGCUUAGGUUUAGACUUAGUAAAAUUCGGCUUAGGUCAAGUAGGCUUACGCUUUUUACGCUUAAGUUCAUGAAUGUUUUUUGUUGAUUAUUGUCUAAAGAAAGUUUAUUUUUUAUUUGUGGAGUUUGUUAUAAUUUUAAAGUUCAAAGUUAGCAAUCUCAAAUUUUUUAAUUUUAGGACUGGCAGUACGAACACACGAACUGUAUGGAGAUUACAAUUGAAAUGGGCUGUUACAAGUUCCCGACCGACGAAAUGAUGCCAAAGCAUUGGGCCGAUCAUGUCUAUUCUCUACUGUCUUUCAUGGAACUGGUGCAUCAGAAUGUGUACGGUGUAGUCAGAGAUGAGGACGGGCAGCCGGUUGGCAAUGCAACAGUCGAAAUCUCCGGCGGAGGGCAGGGUAAAAGUGUUCAGACCACGGGGCUGGGAGAGUAUUGGAGAGUAUUGGUGCCGGGAAACUAUACGGUAAGUUUGAAAGGGUUACUGUAGCUUUUAUUUUGGGAUUUUUACGGUAGGGCUACUACUGUAGUUUUAUGAAAGUUUAGGCUUAGAUUAAGUUAAAUAAAUUAAAAAUUGCUGAUUUAGGUCAGGAUAACUCACGACCAUCAUGAGCCUCACGAAUUCAAUGUUACAGUAAGCCCAAACAAGGCCAAGCUACACAAUGUUACUAUGGAAUCGGCUGGUUGUGAUACUGAAGGUAUGAUAUUAUAUAUAAAAUGAAAUUAGAAGUAGGCUUAGGCUUAUUCUGUGGCUUAGACACAUUUUUAGGCUUAGUGUUAAUAUUAGGCUCAGGCCCAGGUUUAAGAAUAGGUUUAGGCUUAGGCAUAUGGGUUAGUGUUAGGCUCAGACUCAGGCUUAGGGCUGGGUUAGGCUUAGGCUUAGGUUUAGUUUUACGCUUAAGCUUAGUCUUAGGUUUAGGUUUACGCUUAAGCUUAGGCUUAUGCUUCGGCUUUGGCUUAGGCUUAGGCUUAGUAGGCUGAGGCUUAGUAGGCUUAGGUUUAGUAGGCUUAGGCUUAGUAGGCUUAGGCUUAGUAGGCUUAGGCUUAGUAGGCUUAGGCUUAGGCUUAGGCUUAGUCGGCUUAAAAUUUGGCUGUGUUUUAGGCUGAGUUAUAAGCAUAGCAUUAGACUUAAAGUUAGGUAUAGUUUUAUUUUUAGUUGUAGCCUACGUUUCUCAACACAAUUCAUAGUUAAUAUUGGUAGUCGCAAUAGGUAAUGCCUCGCAGAAACUUAGAGCCAAAUCCCAGCACUCGCAGUAAUUUGUUGGGUCGUUUUACAUCGAGGCAAAUGUUAUAUAAAACCAUAAAAUUACAUAAGAAAUCGUUGCGCAACACCUUGCAAUUUCUCUAAGGCUAUGUUAUUAUACCAAUUGAUUAGGUAACACCGAAAAUAUUUUUUUUGUUUUAUUUUACUUCAGAGAGCAUCAUAGUUUAUAUCAAAGGGUCUGGUUUAUGACAGUAGUAGAAGCUUAGGCUUAGGCAUAAGAUUAGGCUUAGGCUUAGGUUUAGGCAUAGACUUAGGCUUAUUUUUAGGCUUAUUCUUAGAAUUAGGUUUAGGCUUAGGCUUUUUCAUUAACAUAGACUUUUGCUUGUGCUUAAGCAUAGGCUUAGGCUUACGUUUAGGCUUUGGUUCAACACAGUCCGCGAGUUAAGUUUCAGUGUAUGUCUAGCGACUAAGGCUUAUGUUUAGGCUUUAAGUAUGAGUUUAAAUCAUUGUGUGAGUUUUAAUUCAGUACCUUUUUUAGACAACUUCAAGUUAGGCACCUACGUCCGCGGUUAUGGCAGCAUAAAACUGGCAAUUCUCGGCGUUGGCGGAGACCCACAGACGGCGGACGGACUUCGGGAGUUCAGUGGAAUUUCAUGUCAAAAAAAGAAACUUCUCGAAGGUUUACCGGUCGAAUUAAAACAACGACUCCAAAUUGUGAUUGUUCCAAGCUUUACAAAAACAGAUCAUGCUGGUUACCUAAAAUCUCUGAAGCCGGACGCCAUAUUAGUUUUGGCAAAAGGACCAGCUGAAUUGGUGACGUUUAAUGCUGGACAAUCUCAACCCAAGAGCUUCAAUAAGAAGUUGUUUGAACAGAACGUCGAAAAGUGAGUUUUUUGUGAUUUUAGGUAAUAAAAUAUAAAAAAUUGUCAUUUUUUUGAAUUGUAAAGAAAGUUCUUGCUAUUUUAUUUUCUGUAAAGAAAGUUUUUGCCAUUUUUUGAAUUGUAAAGAAAGUUCUUGCUAUUUUAUUUUCUGUAAAGAAAGUUUUUGCCAUUUUUUGUGUUAUAAAAAAAGUUUUAGACUGUACGGUGACAAUGACUGUAGCCCAAGCGAGACCAGCCAGCUGACAGAUUCAAAUUUGGCGGCCGAACUGAAUGGCUUAGGCUUGGAACAUGCCUUCGAAAUCGGAGUUGGAGUGAGUUGCAACCAGUCGGCUGCGCAAUUCUCAAACAAUUUGUACUCGCUAAUUAAGGUAAGGUCAAUAUAUUUGUAGAAGAUGACAAAUUUUUUUAAAAAUUUUUAAAAUUUUAGGUUUAAAAUAUCGAUGUUUAGGUAAUAUUAGGCUAAAAUGAGUUUUUUUCUCUAAAUUUUGAGUCAUAAUGACAUCUUUUCUGUAAAAUGAGUCAUCAUUACAUUUUUUGUAAAAUGAGUCAUAAUGACAUUUUUAAUGUAAAAUGAGUCAUAAUGACAUUUUUUAUGUAAAAUGAGUCAUAAUGACAUUUUUUCUGUAAAAUGAGUCAUAAUGACAUUUUUUCUGUAAAAUGGGUCAUUAUGACAUUUUUUCUGUAAAAUGAGUCAUAAUGACAUUUUUUUUGUAAAGUAUUUGAGUCAUAAUGACCUUUUUUUGUAAAAAACAACUUUUAUACCUAAAAUUACGUUGAUAACGCACAUAUAUAGGCCUAUUCUAUGAAUGGUGUUGAGCCAAAACUCUUGGUGGCGGCCGAUAAUGGUGUAUAUAACAAUAUUGUUGGUGGUGGUGGUGUAAUGUUCAUUCUUCUUUUACUAUGCUUUACUUAAUGUAGGUCUACUUGGAGGCUAACAUGUGCUAUAAUAUAGGUCUUGGUACUAUUUUUUCAAAAAAUUUUUUUUUUGUUUUUUGGUCAAAAAGUUUAUAGAAAAAGCAAAAAAACUAAACUUUAACACCAAGAGUACUAUAUUGUUGUACUAACACUAUUUUUUCUAACUAGUACUACUAAUACUGACAAGUACCAUUAGUACUAUAGUACUGUAUUAACAUGUCUAUUUCUAGCAUCUUGGUCUGAUUCCGGAGCCGCCCACGCCCUUCUUUCCACUGCUUCGACUACGCUCUUUCACCGAGGUCUAACAUCAGCUCAUGGGCAUCGUACUGUAUAUAUCUUCAAGUCACUAAGUAUCUUCAACUAACUAUUUACUCAUCUGGUUACCUAUGUCUUCAACUAACCUAUAUUGGACUGGAUUUGGUUUAUCGAGCUUUACUGAGGUCGAUAUGGUCUGUCAAGCUUUACUGGAGUCUAUGAGGUCUACCACGCUUUACUAAGGUCUGUGUGGUCUAUAAUGAGCAAAUGUUGUUUACCAUGCUGUCCUUGAUGAUAUAGUGUCUAAGAACCGUUGAAACGACAGUAUUGUAUAUAUAUUUUUACAUGCUUUAACUUAGUCAUUCUACUGACAAUAAACAUCUCACUGAUUACUGUAAGUUUUCAAAGUAUAAGUCUUGAAGAUACAGUUAAAGUUACAGUAAAAUAAACAGCAAUUAUUAAAGGAAUUAGUUGUUACUAUCAAAAACUAAUAUUGGGAGGGGGAGAGGGUUGGGCAAAAAUUGUAGAGAAGGGAGAGGGGAGAAAUUUAAUGAGACGACAAAAAAAUGUCUCUACUUUAGAUGUACACUCACUUGGCCAUACCUUAGCUUUGUUGUAGGCUGUCCUAACUUUAUUAUAAGCGUUCCCUAUUCUUACUCUAUCCCUAUUAUUAUCUACUCUACCUUAGUCUUACCCUAGCCUUAGCUGUAUCUCCGGACCAGACGGGACCGAACCAGAGUUAAGUGAAAGCUAACAGAGCUAGGGCAAACCGGUCCAAAAAACCCUUAUUUGGACCGUUCAGCAAAGCACUUAUCAUAGCUCUACGGUAGCCGUGCCCUAGCUGUCUCUAGCUUUACUCUAGUCAUACCCCAGCCUCGCCAUUGCCUUAAAUUAUCUACACUUUAAGUUUACACUAAUUCUAUCUGUAGCUCUAUCUACUAUACCUAGUUAAAAAACAAAAAACUCAAAAUUUUAAAAAUUAAGAAUUAAAAUUUACAACCCAACUACUAUAAUAUAAAUGUUCCUACAGGACCUUGGAGCCACGUUAAAGAAAGACCGUGUAGAUGAAUACUCAGUAAUUCCUUCAAACAACCCGACCGACCACUUUUCUCCACAAGAAGCUGAAUUAUCGACCGCAGUUGGCUUGGACCGACUAGCUGAAGAUGCUGGUUGCCAGCCUAAAGUGAUAAAGCAUAAUGACCUUACAUUACGAUCAUUUGGCAAUCAUAAAGGCCCUUAUACACUGGUUGUGGCUGUGGAAAUGGUAGGCAAUCAAGUACUGUAAUCUUGAAUACAGUAAUCUUACAGUAUUCUUGAAUGCAGUAAUCUUACUGUAAUCUUAAUGUAAUCUUGAAUACAGUAAUCUCACAGUAAUCUUGAAUGAAGUAAUCUUUCUGUAAUCUUACUUACUGUAACCUUACAGUAACUUUAGAUAUUGUAAUCUUACAGUAACAUUAAAUACAGUAACCCUACUGUAACCGUAAAUACAGUAACCCAACUUAAUUUAGUUAAUUAGUUAUUUACUACAGUAGGUAAAUCUUUUCUAUAAACUUUUUGACCACCACCUUAUUACAGAAAACCGAAGCCCUAGUGUAUCAGCUAGGCUCACGACUAUGUAACGACUCGGAAGAAGCUACACAAACUCCAGAAUCUCACCACGUUUCCAACAUACUACAACAUUCUACCGUAGUAAUUUUGCCGGAAAUUCCUCAUACUCAAAUCAACUGCCAUGAUUACCCGACGAUAGCACCAUUUAUACCAUUAUUCUCGGAGGUUCUGGAGGUUAUACCAGAGAUCGACUACGUGCUAAUAAUGGCAUCAGGCGGGGUAAAAGUCAGGUAUAUUGAGAGUCAGAAGAAGCUUACAAAGGAGUCGAUUGUAGAAGAGUUGGCACAUUUGUAUGUUGAGAAUCAGGAUGCUAUGAAACAAGUAAGUCUACAGCCUUUAGUGCUAGCUCCAUCCCCAGCCUUAGUCUGGUCCAAUCUACCCUAGUCUAUUCCAGUCCGCUCUAGUUCAAUUCAGUCUAGUCUGCUCUAAUCCACUUCAGGCAAAUCCAGUUUAGUCUAAUCCAGUCCAACCAACCCAGUCCAAUCCAAUCCAGUCCAGUCCGAUUCAGUCUUAGCCCUAGCCCUAGUCCAGAGCCCUAUCCCAGAGCUCUAGCCCAGAGCCUUAGUCCAGAACCCUAGCCCAGAGUCCUAACCCACAGCUCUAGCCCAAAGCCCUAGCAUAACUCAGCUCAGCCUAGCUUAGCCAGCCCUAGUCCAAGACCCUAGCCUAGAGCCCUAGCCCAGAGCCCUAUCCCUAGUCCUAGCUUAGCUAAUUUCUGCUUAUUUUAAGAACGAACAAGACGUCUGUGCCAGUGAACGUCGUCCAGGUCCAGUGUUAGCACCACACACUUGGGCCGCACCAACAAUGGGGCCAAAGAUCAAGUUACCAAGUUCAUGGAGACCUCUCGAUGCUAUGUUGGUUCAAACGGCAUGCUGUUAUGAACCUCGAGGUGUUCAACAUUUGUUUGAUGAAAACAAAAAUGCCAUUUUCACGUUCUUGGAUAAGGUAAGAAUGUUUUAUUGUUAGUUGUAGGCAGAGAUUUAGGCUUUUGCUUGAUUUCUCAACGUAUGUUUAAGAACUUAGACGUAGGCUGAAACUACGGUUUAAAUUAAGCUUAUGCUUAGGCUUAGGUUUGGGAUAAGGCUUAGGCUUAAGCUUAGGCUUAUGCUUUGGCUUAAGUUUAAGAUUAGGUUUAGAAUUAGGCUUAGGCUCAGACUCAGGCUUAGGCUUAGGCUCACGCUAGCGCUUUACGCUUACGCUUACGCUUACGCUUACGCUUAGAAUUAAGCUUAAGUUUGGGCUUAAACUUUAACUGAAACUUAAGCUUAGGCUUAGGUUUGGUUUAAGCUUACACUUAAACUUAUGCUUGAGUUUGGGCUUCCCUUAGUCUUACCUUAGGCUUAGCUGUGAUUUUUUGUAAAAAUGAGUUGUUCCAUGAACUUUUCGACCAGUUUUUAAUAAUUUUAUGGUUUUAUUCGAUAUGACCGUUUUGUGAACUUUAAUCUCUCCCUCCCCUCCCCCUUCCACUUCCUCAAUUGAACGAGGAAAACUGUGAAAAGACGGUAUGAGUCAGUCUGAGACGGCUUCUUCAAUGCUUCAAUAUGUUCCAUAAAAUUUCAAAAGUUAUCGUGUUGAAACUAAUCUAUUUUGGUUUUAUCAGAAGGAAUUUGAAUAGAUUUUUGAUAGCGGCCGGUCAAAAUGUUCUUAGCAAACCGUAUUCCUGGUUUUUCGGUCAAAAAGUUUGUAGAAAAUUCAUUUUUAUGAGUUUGUUUGGCCGAAAAGUUGAUAGAAUACUCAUUUUUUGAAUUUAAAAUUUUUUUUGUUUUUUAAAUAAUGAAAAUUUAGUUUUCUACGUACUUUUUGACGCAAAAUGCUAAAAAUUAUGUUUAAAUUUAAAAAAUAAGGUUUCUACGAACUUUUUGACCAAUGUGCAUUAUAGCACUGUGUAUUUCCUUACUUAUGUGCAUUACUUUGACUACUCACUGAAGUGAACCCAAUCCAAUUUCUCUUACUUUUUAUUCAUUUCCGUAGUCCUUUUUAGUUUUUAUGUAUUCCCAACUAUUUCUCUGCCGCUCUCUCUUACUCUCAUUAUAUCUCGUAUUCAGUCUUCCUUCUAGGUUACUAAAAUUAUUCGAAUACGUUCUCCGCUCUUUUGUGUUAUUUUUAGUUUUAAAAUUAGGCUUAUGAACAUACAUAAGCUUAUGCGGUUAGAGUUAGGCUUUGCGAUAGAAAUGGUUAGGUUUAACAAUAGAGGUAGGAGCUUAUGCUUUCAUUUGCGGUUAGGCUUGGUUUUAGGCUUAGGGUAGACAUAAGCUUAUUCUUUGGUUUUGGGUUAGACUUAGUCUUGGGCUUAGGGAUAGACAUACGCUUAUGCUUUGGUUUAGGUUUAGCCUGAGGCUUAGAUUUUGAGUUAGGUAGGGGUUUAGGCUUAUAAUUAGGCCUAGGCUUAUGACUAGGCCUAGGCUCAUGAUUAGGCUUAUGAUUAGGCUUAGGCUUAUGAUUAGGCCUAAGCUCAUAAUUAGGCUUAUGAUUAGGCUUAGGCUUAUUUAGACUUUGGCUUAUGAUUGGGUUUAGACUUAUAAUUAAUUCUAGACUUAUGUCUACUUUUCUAAUUUUUUUUGUUUGUAUGUUAAAAAAUUAAAAUAUUAGGUUUUCCAUAGACUUUUUGACCAAGCUUUGUGACAUUAUAACGUUCUAUUCUUAAUCUUUUAUCAUUUAGAACAUCGUGCUUAACGUUAUACUUAUGUUUCUUUUUCUCUUUUCUAACACAACAUUAUACAGCAUAUUUCCUCUUCCGUCUUUCGAAAUUCGUGUGUUUUUUCGCUUGAAAAUGCGUUUUUUCACUCGGAAAAAGUCUCAAAAACCGGACAGACGAAAUGUUUUUUGAAAAAGGAACACUUGUCUCUCGAUUUCGCCCCGCGGGGGGAUUAGUAGACAUCAAACGCGGAGAGAGCGUCUAAUCAGCAGAGGCUGGCAGAGAUGGAAUUUGUGUUUUUUCGCAUUGUUUUCAGAAAAGGGGGGUUGGGUUGUCUGGCCACCAGAAUUCUUCGGCCCAUAAUUAUAAUAGUCUGCGGUCCAACUUGGUUUUGUUUUUGUGGGUUCACUGCCAGUCGGUUGGCAUGGUUUGGACGGGUUUUGAGGUACCUGGGGAAAGAUUUUUGGCUUAAAUAAAAAAAUUAAAUAAUUUUUGGAAUUUUAAAAAAAAUUUUAAUUUUUUAAAAAAAUUUUAAAUUUUAAAAUUUUAAUAUAUAUAAUAGUUUUUUAAGUAUAAAUACUUAUAGAAAUAACAAGUUUUAUUCAUUUAUCUCUUCAUUUUAGCGUUUUCUAUUAACUUUUUGACCAAAAAAGGCUUUUUCUAACUGCACGGUGCAACAAAUUUCUAUAGCUUAUAAUUCUAUGAACUUUUUGACCAGAAAAAUAAAAAAUAGUUUUUCUAUAAACUUUUGAACCGGAAAGAAUAAUUAUUGUGUUUUCUACCAAUAUUUUGACCGGUAUAUAAUAUAAAAACGAAUUUUUAUUUCUUUGCACGGUGCAAUACUUUUUGACUGCACAGUGCAACAAUUGUUGACCGCACGGUGCACCGCUUUUUGAUUGCACAGUGCAAAAAAUAAAAAAAAACUUUACCGUGAUUUCAAAAAUUCAAAAAAAUUUUAAAAAUCAGUUAUAAAAAGUGUAUUUUCAGCGAGUUCAAGGCGUUACCGGCGUGGUAAAAGGGGCCGCGGGCCCCUUGGCGAACGCUACCGUAAACAUCAACUUUGUCGAACUGGGUGGCGACAAAAAACUGUCAUUGACGACGAUUGGCAGUGGCUACUUUCAUAGUGCUUUGUUGCUGGGAAAUUAUCGACUGGUCGUUACGCACGAGGGCUGCGACGACUCGGAUGAGUACGAGUUUCAGGUACGGUAGUUAUAUAACAAAGUAGAGUAGGGUAGGGCAGUAGAGAUUACGGUUGAGUACAUUAUGAUAGAGUAGGUAAGACAGGGUAAAGUACGGUAAGACAGGGUAGAGUAGGAUAAGGUAGGGUAGGGUAGGGUAGGGUAGGGCAGGGUAGGGUAGGGUAGGAUAGGGUAGGGUAGGGUAGGGUAGGGUAGGGUAGGGUAAGGUAGGGUAGGGUAGGGUACGGUAGGCACGGCAGGGUACGGUAGGCACGUUAGGGUACGGUACAAACCGUAGAGUACGGUAGGCACGGUAGACCAAGAUUGAAAAAUCUAUAUUUCAGAUUACCCCAUCAUUCAACCGGUAUCUUGACAUUACGUUAUAUCCAAAAGGCUCUAUCCGGUUUAGACGAGUACUAGCUGCUGGCAUAUCGUUGUUUGUACUAGCUAUCAUUUUUGUAAGUUUUAUACCUAAAAUGAUAUUUUUUGCUAUUUUUAAAAUUUUUAAUUAUUUUAUGUUAUUGUAAAAAAAAGUUUUUUUCCAUUUUUUAAAAUUAUUUUGAAAAAAAAAUUUUAAUUUAAAAAAAAUUUAAAAAAAAAUUUUUUCAGUACAUGUUAUGCUACCGAAAACGUAGCUUAUAUCCAGAAAUGGAUGGAUUUGAACGAGUUCCGUUGAAGGAUUUCGCUAGCGAUGAGGAAGAUGAAGACGAAGUUUUAAGUUUUCGGCCGCAAAAGAGGUCAACUUGA